UUUCAUUCUCGCCUAAAAAGUUCACCUUUACACAGGCUGAGGCACUAAAAAAAGGCUCCACUUUUUACAUAGAGGAAAAGAGUUUAAGAUUUAGCGGAAAACAAUUUUUUGAUUAUUUCUUAUCAAUUCAUGAUGAAUAUGUAUAUAUUCAAGAAACAGAUGAACAAUUGAGAAAGAUUUAUGGUGGAAGCAUUAUUUGUCGGCCAUUUGAGUUUCAGUAAAGGGAUUCUGUUCUGAAACGUCCAUUCAAGUUGGUCGAGAGAUUUUUCCUGUUAUUGUCCAUUCGAAGAAGGCCCUUUUGCUCUAAUGGAAAUUCCAGGAUUUUCAGUUGUUUUGUUCUGUCCUUUCGCUUUCGAAACUAUAUAAUUUCCAAAAAUAUAAGAAAACGAUUUGAUUCAACACACUUAGUUUUCUGGGCCUGCUUGUAUUUUAAUAACAAUUGAGUCUUUUCUAGUUUUCAUGCCCAAAUCCUAUAUGUUGAUUUGAAUAUUCUGCCAUUUUUUAGGAUUCCAUGACAUUUUCUCUCUUAUCAUCCCAAGGGAUCACUUGAAUACUGAUGAACCUCUCUGUUCAGAAAGUCUUCGACUUUUGGUGGACUUAAAGCAGUAUACUUUUCUUGAAAUUUUUGGACUGGAUUUCUGAAUUGUGGGCUGCUGUGAAAUGGAGGAUUAAUCCAUCACUCUUUUGAAUUGGAUUUUUAUCAAAUUUAUUGGACCCAUAUCAUGGUUAUUAUUCCUCGAAUGUUUUCUGCCGAGUUGCUUUCAUAAUUCGAUUUCUCUGAGAUCCUUUCUGAAAUUGACAGCUUAUAGGCCCAAUUUUGAAUUCGAAAACCCUUUUAAGAGAAUUGGGAAUAACAACUUUUGGUGUUGUAUAUCCAGUGAGUUAAAGUCUCAAUCAUAGUUUUGACAGAGUUAAGGUUCUUAUGAUGUCUGUGGAGGUUGGAUUGAAGAAAUGUCCUUUUUUGGGUUUAGUAGGAAUUUUAAUAGCUUUGAUGCUGGCUUGUCAUUCAAACGGGUUGACUGCGGACGGAAUCUACCUCCUUGAGUUGAAGAGAAACAUUGUCGAUGAAUUUAACUCUCUUGGGGACUGGAAUCCAAAUGCUACGACACCCUGCGAAUGGGUAGGCGUGAAUUGCACCUCGGAUUAUGCUCCCGUGGUAUGGUCUCUGGACUUGAGUUUGCGGAAUCUUUCAGGGACUUUGAGCCCUAGUAUUGGCAGUUUGGUCUUUCUAACUUAUCUCAAUAUUUCUCAUAACAAGUUCACAGGAAAUAUUCCCAAGGAAAUUGGAAAUUGUUCGAAACUAGAAACUCUUUUCUUGAAUGAUAACUAUUUUAAUGGCCAAAUUCCAGCUGAAUUGGGUAAUCUUUCUUGUCUGGAAGAUUUCAAUUUGUGCAACAAUGAGAUCUCUGGCUCAAUUCCUGAGGAAUUUGGGAAACUUUCUUCCCUUGUUAAUUUCGUGGCGUACACAAACAAUCUUACGGGUCCAUUGCCUCAGUCUCUUGGCAACUUAAGAAACUUGAGAACAUUUCGAGCUGGUCAGAAUGAAAUCUCUGGAAGCUUACCAACAGGGAUUGGUUAUUGUCAAAGCCUGGAAACUCUUGGUCUUGCUCAAAAUAGAAUAGAAGGUAAUCUACCUAAAGAACUCGGUAUGCUCAAAAGCUUAAGAGAAGUGAUUCUAUGGGAGAACCAGUUUUCUGGAUUUAUACCAAAGGAACUUGGAAAUUGUACAAAUCUUGAGAUGCUUGCUUUAUACCAGAACAAUCUUGUCGGAGAUAUUCCUGCAGAACUUGGGAACAUCAUGUCUAUGCAAAGGUUAUACCUAUACCGGAAUGGAUUGAACGGAACAAUUCCCAGGGAGAUUGGGAACCUUACUCAGGCAGUUGAAAUCGAUUUCUCGGAGAACUAUUUGACAGGAGAAAUUCCAACGGAGUUAAGUCAGAUAAAGGGUCUACAUUUACUGUACUUGUUCCAGAAUGAGCUUUCUGGAGUUAUCCCAAAUGAGCUUAGUAGCUUGAAGAACUUAACGAAGCUAGACUUGUCGAUUAAUCACUUGAAAGGCCCAAUUCCAUUUGGCUUUCAGUAUCUUACUGAAUUAUAUCAUUUACUACUUUUUUCUAAUUCUUUGAGUGGUAUCAUACCUCAGAGUUUUGGGCUUUACAGUCGACUUUGGGUGGUUGAUUUUUCCGAAAAUGACCUCACUGGAAGAAUUCCUCCUCACCUUUGUAGGCAUUCUAACUUGAUGUUGCUGAAUCUUGAGUCUAAUAAACUGUAUGGAAACAUCCCAGGUGGCAUAAUUAAUUGCAUAUCUUUGCAACAGCUUCGUCUCAGUGGUAACAGACUAACUGGAAGCUUCCCUUCCGAUUUAUGCAAAUUACCGAAUCUCGCUGCUAUUGAAUUGGGUCUGAACAUGUUCGAUGGUCCAAUACCUCAAGAGAUUGGGACGUGCCAAAAGUUACAAAGGCUCGAUCUCUCAGGAAAUCAAUUCACAUCUGAGUUGCCGAGGGAGAUAGGAAAUCUAUCCCAGCUUGUGUCUUUUAAUGUUUCGUCGAACUUGUUCACUGGGCAAAUCCCACCAGAAAUUUUUCACUGCAAGGCUCUGCAAAGGCUUGAUCUUAGCCGGAACAGCUUCAUUGAUGCUAUACCAAUUGAGCUAGGGACACUUUCACUGCUUGAACGUCUUAUUGUUUCAGAAAAUAUGCUUUCUGGAAAUAUUCCAGAGUCUUUGGGCAAGCUCUCUCAUUUGACAGAGUUGCAGAUGGGUGGAAAUUUAUUAACCGGCGAGAUACCAAAGGAGUUGGGUGAUCUUUCAGGCCUGCAAAUUGCAAUGAAUCUUAGUUGUAAUAACUUAACUGGGAGAAUACCGCUGGAGCUUGGAAACCUUAUGUUAUUAGAAUAUCUCUUGCUCAACAACAAUCAUUUGAGCGGUGAAAUUCCUAGCACAUUUGUAAACCUGUCUAGUUUACUGGGCUGCAACUUCUCAUACAAUGACUUAACUGGCCCAUUGCCUUCUGUACAGUUGUUUCAGAACAUGAGUAUCAGUAGCUUCAUCGGAAACAAAGGGCUUUGUGGUGGGCCGCUCGGUAAUUGUAGUGGGUCGACACCUUUCGACACAAUUCCUCCUGUGAGAAGUUCAGAUGCUCGUCAAGGAAAGGUCAUUACAAUGGUUGCAGCUGUCAUUGGUGGAGUGUCUCUUAUUCUAAUUGUAGUUAUAUUGUAUCUUAUGAAGCGUCAUCCAGUCGAGAUGGCUGCGUCAUUACAAGAAGAUGUGGACAUUUCAUCCCCAGAUUCUGAUAUUUAUUUUCAUCCAAAAGAGGGUUUCACUUUUCAGGACCUUGUUGAGGCCACAAACAAUUUUCAUGAUAAUUAUGUUAUUGGAAGGGGAGGAGUUGGGACAGUCUAUAAAGCAGUUUUGCGAUCCACUCAAAUAAUCGCAGUUAAGAAGCUGGCAUCUAAUAGAGAGGGUAAUAACAUAGAGAAGAGCUUUCGAGCUGAGAUUUUAACUCUUGGAAACAUUAGGCAUCGCAACAUUGUCAAGUUAUAUGGGUUUUGCUAUCACCAAGGUUCCAAUCUCCUUAUUUAUGAGUACAUGGCAAGGGGUAGCUUGGGUGAAUUUCUUUAUGGGGAAUCUUGUGACCUAGACUGGCCAACACGGUUCUCAAUUGCUCUUGGAGCUGCUGAAGGCCUAGCUUAUUUACAUCAUGACUGCAGACCAAAGAUUGUCCAUCGCGACAUAAAGCCCAAUAAUAUUCUUCUUGAUGAGAAGUUUGAAGCUCAUGUUGGGGAUUUUGGUUUGGCGAAAGUGAUUGACAUGCCUCAGUCGAAGUCUAUGUCUGCUGUUGCUGGAUCAUAUGGUUACAUAGCCCCUGAAUAUGCAUACACCAUGAAAGUUACAGAAAAAUGCGAUAUUUACAGCUACGGUGUGGUCCUCUUGGAGUUGCUAACUGGAAAAAUGCCAGUACAACCUUUAGAACAAGGAGGUGAUCUUGUCACAUGGGUGAGGGAUUAUAUUAGGAAGCAUUCUUUGUCGUCCAGGAUACUUGAUAGCCGUUUGAAUCUGAAUGAUGAAAGUACUGUUAAUCACAUGAUUAAUGUAUUAAAAAUUGCUUUGCUGUGCACAAGCAUGUCGCCCUUCGAUCGACCAACAAUGCGGGCAGUUGUUCUAAUGCUGAUGGAAUCAAAUGACAGAGAAGGAAAUGCAAUUUCACUUCCAGAUCACGAUCUUUCUCCGAGACAUGAUGCAUUGUGAAUGUAAGUAUCCCUUUUCUUUUGCUUUAACUGUGAUGAAUCUUUCAGGGAAGAUUCUUCCCUGUAUUUCUUACCACGGUUAAAUAUAGAAAUUUGUUUACAUUUAUUGAAAGAAAUUAUUAGUGUUUUUGUGGUGCUUUAUUUGAAUCAUAAAAGUAUUUCUAAACCAUCAGAUGUACCACCUUGAUCACUCAUUGCAAAACAUUAUCUGCAAGAGGUUAAGAGAAAUGCUUAAUUUAUAAUUUUAAUA